AUGGUGUGGAAUGAAGAGAAAGAUGUCAAACUCUUGAGAGCUGUGGCAGCCGAGGGUGUUUUUAUCAAUAGUAGGGCAGGAUCCAGGGAGAAAGGAGAAUUAUGGCAGGUUGCUGCCUCUUCCCUUGUGGUAGAACGUAUGCCUGUCAUUUCACGGUCGGUGAGAGACCGCUUCAAUAUUCUGGCAAAGAAAUGGCGAAUAAAAGUUAGACAAGAGGAGAGAGAGAGUGGUGGUGGAGAUAAAGAAAUGAGUGAAGCUGAAAAGCUGGUGGAAUUAGAGAUGGAAUCUGAGAAGACAAAAGAGCAGAAUGACGAGGCCAAGAAACUGGUAGAGGGGGAGAAAAAGAAGGCAAUAGAGAUGAGGGAGAGAGCAAUGGAGAGGUUCAGACAAACCAAAAAGAGACAAGAAGAAACAGGAAAGGAUGAAGGGAAAAAGGAGAAAAAAAGAAGAAGAUCAGGAGAGGCAAUAGAGUGGUUGAGAGAAAAGGGAGAGAAUAUGCGAGAGAUGAAGGAGCAAGAACUUCAAGAAAGAAGGGAAGAACGAGAAGCCCAAAAAGCUCAAACUGAACAGUUUAUGUCUCAAAUGCAAGCUCAAAAUGAGCAAAUGAAAUUAUUUCAAUAA